GCAAACUAGGAUUCUGUAAGCUGGUGUAGGAGGCUGACCGCCGUUUACAAGAUUGAUUUCGGUGAGUCCCUUUGGGUCCACGUACAAACCACCGUCUUACGCUGCGGGCAACGGUGAGUCAGAACCACUCAGAUCCCGGCUCCUUCGGCAGAAGCUGAGCAACAGGGACAAAAGGAAGUCUUGUCGACUCUGAAGGCACCUCGGGGCUAGAAGUGUGAGCUGCAGAAACGUGCUGCGUCAGGUCGGCUGAAAGCUCCGUUUACGAUGGGAUGUGCAACAGGGAUCUCGAGCACCACCUGCCUCUCCCUCCUUCAGCAUAAGUACUGUGUUCCCACAGUCAGAGCUUGGCCUUGCGCCAGGAACUCCAUGCGGGCAGGACGGCGCCUGCCUUGCCUCCGAGAGCCUGGCACGUAGAGCCGCUCGGGACAGGUGCCGAGAAAUCAAGAUCAGUUGCCUCAGGGGAUGAACCCCUGAAGAUACUGAAGAACACACAUUGCCCCAAAAAGUUCACCGACACACACACGCUUUCCAGCUUCCCUGCAGGACGCCCCAAGGGGGAAAGUACAGGAAUCCUAGAACGACUCACUAGACCCCAGCGUGAGGAAGGUGAUAGCGUCACUAGUAUGGCUAAGUGUUUGCUCCCCCCACCACGAUGUUCUUUGGAGGUGGGCGACGUGCCCCUCCCAUGGACGUGGGGGACGUGCCAGAGAAAGACUGGAUGGUACAGCUGCUCUCUGAGCUGUAGUGUUUUGUGUUGUUUUUAAGUCGUCUCUACACCUCACCUGGGACUCGAACUCACGACUCGGAGAUCAAGAGUCGUGCGCUCCACCCACUGAGCGGGCCAGACGCCCCCGAGCUGCACUUUCAAUGAGAGCAACAAGGUGGUGUCCGGAUAGGAAGAAAUGCCUGCAGAAAACUCGGGGUAAAAUUUUGAAGGUGGAGAAAGAAAGGUGGGGGAGGAGGAACCUUGGUCAAGGGCAGGCUCUGCCCGUUGGGUGCCAUCGGGCUGCACGUGGUAAAGUGCUUUAUCUCUGGCAUCUGGCCUUGAAGUUCGUCAGUGUUCAAGGUGGAGAACACGCCGUUGAUAGAGGCCAAAGGGAAGGGCAGAGGCCUUCUUCAAACAACACAGAGACCACAAAGUGCCGGUCUCAUUCAGCUGUGUAUUUACAUACACUGGCACCGCAUCAUCUCUCGAAAAAAUUACGAACUUUAAAAAAAUCCCUCGGCCUGGUGCAUGGUUCCUUACGGUGAAUGAGAGAAAGUGUGGUUAAUCUGAAAAGUCCACGGACAGGGACUGGGAGAGACUGGAGAGCGGCAUAGAGACGAGCACAGUGGGGUUUUAUCUCGAUCACUCUUCAUCAGAAAUUCCUGUUCUUCUCUGAGUGGUGUUUGCAUCCUUGAGCCCGGGGUAGGGUCAGGGGGUCGGGCCGAGCAGCUGGGUAGGGUAGAACCCAGGACAUCCACCCCGUCCCCUUAUUUACACACUGUAGAUCCAAAGAGCUGGUCUCUCUCUUGUUGCUGUAAUAUUUUCGGCAACAAUCAAUCCCUUUUAAAUUUUCAUUUUCUACUUUACAGAAAAAAGAACCCAACGAACACAGAGCUCUAAUAACUUGCAGCCCCUCGUGUUCAUUUCUCAUCCUUGCCCAAAUUCAUGUACAUAAUCAUCCGUGUGAAUCCACUGCUUUGUGUUCUAAUUUUUCGCUGCAUUUUUAUCUUCACAUUUCCACGUGUGGACAGUUAAGUUCUAGUCACUGAAAGCCCCAAAGAGGUAGGAGACAGUGCCAUUAUUUUAGCUAUCCAUUUCUAGCCAUCCUCCCACUGUGGGAUUUGAAGGGGUAAUAUCAGAACUUUGCCAUUGUGAAUAGUGACAGCAGUCAUCCCUAGACAUCUCGAAAGGCAGAAUGUGACCUGAGCUAAUGUGACCAGAAACUCUUGGACUAUUUCAAGAGCUUGAAAAGUUCAGGCCCAGAUGAAAUGAAGUUAGCUGGAAGGUCUUGGCUCCUUACUACUUUAUAACAGGCCACAGGUUUAAAGUCCAAGAGGGCUUGGAUUUCUGCCCCACGUUUGACGUGUGAGGCCUCGGUCCAGAUUGCUGCUCUGACUUCCCCGCACCGAGGCCCCGGCUAGCCCUCCCCACCAGGCUGCGUGGGGACGGGGACACCGGCCAUGCUGACGUCUGGAACCCGCAUGCCCUUCUCCCCGGCUCUUCUGGCUUUCCCCGCCUGCCCACUGUAGCCGCCUAUCGGAUAGAUCCCUGCCUCAGACUUGCUGGGAGAGGCAGGCAGAACGCACGAGCUCUCAAUCCCAUUGAUACAAAGCUCCGAGGAGAUCCACAGAGCUGAGUGCAGAGAAUUCGGCUCCGGUCCUCAGCAGAUGGGUGUCACUGUCAUCUCCUAGCCAGCAGGAUGGAGACCACACCCUUAAACUCCCAGAAGGAACAGUCAGCGUGUAAGGAUAAAGAAGAUUGUCAGGAAAAUGGAGUUCUGCAGAAGGGUGUCCCUGUCCCUGAGGAUAAGGUGGAGCCUGGCCACAUCUCCAACGGGUACUCAGCGGUGCCGAGCCCGGGUGCCGGAGAUGACACUCGGCACUCCAUUCCGGCUGCCACCACCGUGCUAGUGGCUGAGGCUCAUGAAGGGGACCGGGAGACGUGGGGCAAGAAGAUGGAUUUCCUCCUCUCCGUCAUUGGCUAUGCCGUGGACCUGGGCAACGUCUGGCGCUUUCCCUACAUAUGUUACCAGAAUGGAGGGGGGGCGUUCCUCCUGCCCUACACGAUCAUGGCCAUUUUCGGGGGGAUCCCACUGUUCUACAUGGAGCUCGCGCUGGGCCAGUACCACCGAAACGGAUGCAUUUCGAUAUGGAGGAAAAUCUGCCCAAUUUUCAAAGGGAUCGGUUACGCCAUCUGCGUCAUCGCCUUCUACAUCGCCUCCUACUACAACACCAUCAUGGCCUGGGCGCUCUACUACCUCGUCUCCUCCUUCACCGACGAGCUGCCCUGGACCAGCUGCACGAACUCCUGGAACACCGGCAACUGCACCAACUACUUCUCCGGGAACAACGUCACCUGGACGCUGCACUCGACGUCCCCCGCAGAAGAAUUUUACACGCGCCACGUCCUGCAGAUCCAUCGGUCCAAGGGACUUCAGGACCUGGGGGGCAUCAGCUGGCAGCUGUCCCUCUGCAUCAUGCUCAUCUUCACUGUCAUCUACUUCAGCAUCUGGAAGGGUGUCAAAAUGUCCGGCAAGGUGGUAUGGGUGACAGCCACUUUCCCUUAUAUCAUCCUUUCCAUCUUGCUGGUAAGGGGGGCCACCCUCCCUGGAGCCUGGAGAGGUGUUCUCUUCUACUUGAAACCCAACUGGCAGAAACUCCUGGAGACAGGGGUGUGGGUGGAUGCGGCCGCUCAGAUCUUCUUCUCUCUUGGUCCUGGCUUUGGGGUCCUGUUGGCUUUCGCUAGCUACAACAAGUUCAACAACAACUGUUACCAAGACGCCCUGGUGACCAGCGUGGUGAACUGCAUGACGAGCUUUGUUUCCGGAUUUGUCAUCUUCACAGUGCUCGGGUACAUGGCCGAGAUGCGGAACGAGGAUGUGUCUGAGGUGGCCAAAGACGCAGGCCCCAGCCUCCUCUUCAUCACGUACGCAGAAGCCAUAGCCAACAUGCCGGCAUCCACCUUCUUUGCCAUCAUCUUCUUCCUGAUGCUAAUCACGCUGGGCCUGGACAGCACCUUUGCAGGCUUGGAGGGCGUGAUCACAGCUGUGCUGGACGAGUUUCCGCACGUCUGGGCCAAGCGCCGGGAGUGGUUUGUGCUUGCCGUGGUCGUUACCUGCUUCUUCGGAUCCCUGGCCACCCUGACUUUUGGAGGGGCCUAUGUGGUGAAGCUGCUGGAGGAGUAUGCCACGGGGCCCGCGGUGCUCACAGUGGCCCUCGUCGAGGCCGUGGCUGUGUAUUGGUUUUACGGCAUCACUCAGUUCUGCAGUGACGUGAAGGAAAUGCUCGGCUUCAGCCCCGGGUGGUUUUGGAGGACCUGCUGGGUAGCCAUCAGCCCUCUCUUUCUCCUGUUCAUCAUCUGCAGCUUUCUGACGAGCCCGCCGCAGCUGCGCCUUUUCCAGUACGACUACCCCCCGUGGAGCGCCGUCCUGGGCUACUGCGUGGGGACGUCGUCUUUCAUCUGCAUCCCCACGUACAUAGCGUACCGGCUGAUCGUCACUCCAGGGACCUUUAAGGAGCGUAUUAUUAAAGGUAUCACCCCAGAAACAGCAACGGAAAUUCCCUAUGGGGACAUCCACUUGAACGCCAUAUAACAAACACGCUUCCGUGAGAGGAAAAUGGCUUCCCAACAACCUUCUUCCUCUGGUUCUGACAAGUCAUGCCUCGCCUUCUCCCCUCGAAGUGAACGAGUUUCCAGCUACGCCUGACAAUGGAAGGGCCUUCUUCAUGGAGACACGGUCCCAAAAGACUAUGGUGCCCAGACUCUUACGGCCCCCAGCUACUUGUUUCUGGGAAAUCUGGACGUAUCACCUCGCUAGCUCUAUGACACAGCUAAACUGGACUAUUCUGGAUGUGUGAGGGGUGUACGGAGGUGAUGAAAGCCACCAUCUAACCAGUUAGGAUUAGGUUUAGAAUCAAGUUUGUACAAGUCUCCUGCAUCAUUUCUUGUUAUGAUCAUUGGUAUCUGACAUCCAUUUGCUCCUGAAGGUUUCAAUGUUCGUGAAUGCCUAAACUACGCAGGAGAAAACAGGGAUGCUUUUUUGUUAGCCAUAUAUUUUCUGAGUAGCAUAGAAUUCUAUAGCUGGAAUCUACUAGAACCCCAUAACCCGUGUGCUCUUGUGAAGUCAGGAGAGGAAGAUGUAGAAACUAAAUGGAAAAAUAAUGUAUUUGUGUCAGCAUGUGUGUCUGUGUAUGCCGUUGUUUCAGUGUAUCCUUAUCUCUAUUCUAAUACUUUGGGCCCAUUACAAACUAUAUGAAUUUCCUCCAAUUUUUCUUACACUAACAAUUCCACCUACUCAAAUGUGUAUGUAUGUUAUUAGAAGGGUAUUACUGCCACCUUCGCCUUUUCCAAUGACACACGCCUUCCUUUACGGGCCAGUGUUUAAUGUUUGCUGCGGUUCAUUGCCAUGUUCCUGUCUGCCAGCUAAACAUGCAGGAUAAUGCUCCACAGGCAAAUCUGGCCUAUUUCAUUACUGACUGUGGCUUGGCCGUGAACUGCUUUGAAGAUGGAUGCUGACAAAUGCAUCUUCGGUGUUCACUUGACUAUCUGGUUUAAGCUCUGUUUCAAAUGACCGGGUUUGACGGCUCCGAUUACUUUGUGACGAGAGGAUAAAUCCAAUUCUUGCUUGUAGGGUAGAUAGGUCUGACACCCUGACCUUAACCAAGGUCACCCUCAGUCCAGGAGUAAUUGGAGACUCUGGGUUAGCCUUAAAUGGAAUUCCCCCAACCAUUCCUGGUUGACUACCAGGAUUGUGAGCCCAGAUAAUAGGGUUGAGGCUAAACUAAGUAAGGCUAAGGGAAAAGGGUCAGUGAAAUGAAUAACCUUGCAUUCCACAUAAAGCCUUUAAAUAUAGAUCAAGUAAAUAUGAUCUUCGGUGGCUUGUGACUUUCAGAUGCAUAAGUAAAGAGGUAAAUUUACCUUGUAGUGUAAGAUUUCCUCACCAAAAUCUUAAAGGGAAUAAAGCCUAGUCAAUGAUCAAAGGACUCAAUCAUCUUGCCCCAUAUCAUUUCAGUCCUCUCUAUAUACCCCAUUUAAUUCUAACAACCUUAUAGAAAGAAGACCCGUAUAGCAGAGGCUUGGUUUUAUCCAAUUAUAGAUCUUCCUCUCUUGGCUUCUUUUCCCAACAGUCUCUGCCCUAGCCAUCUUCUUGCAUUCCCCCUACAUCCUUCUAUUUCUGAUUCUUUGCUUCUCUCAGCAGGAUAGUUUCCUUAUAGAUGUGAGCUGCUGAGAAGUUUCCCAAAAUAUUAGAGGAAAAGAGAAGAGGGAUUAAAAAAUGUCCCUCACUGACCCGCCUUCAUUACCUUCGCUCUUUCAUCCCUUCAUGCUACCUUAUUUCCAUUCUCUGUGCUUUCCAGCAUUCUGAAAGGAGAGGGGUUGCGUAAGUGGCGGCAUAUUCAGUGAUAAAUAGCUUUGCAAAUUUUAAGAACUACUUUAUGAAGAUAUUGAGAUAUGGAUUGUUUCCACCCCCCCACACACACACACUUAUGCAUGCUCCAAAGACAUCAUUUUUUAAAAAGCACUUUUUCAAACAGAAUUAGGGUUUUGCCAAGCCAGGUGUUGAGGGAAUUAAAAAGGUAUUUUGAAGUUUUCAGACUUCACUGGACUUAAAAAAACAAAACAAAAUCUCUGUUCUGCACAGUUUGCAUUUACUUGGUCCCUAUUUAUCAGUACUACUACGGAUUUUUUUUAAAGGAAAACUUAGAAGUAGGUAGAUGGACUUUGAAACAAUCUUUUAAAGAACUUUUACAUCUAAUGUAGCUAUUUACAUAAAAGUAAAAAAUAAAAAUGGAAUUGAAUUGUAAAGUUA